GCAGUAGCUUUAGUUUUUGUGUGAAAAAUCAGUGAAAGUGAAACUCUCUGCCAGCAAAAAGGAUUAAAUUGGAUUUAUCAGUGAAGAGAAAAGCUCCAGAAAUGUUUCAGUGAAGUUGCCCCCGAAGGUGGAGCUUUUAAAAUGAUUAAAUUUGAACUUUUUUGGGUGAUCUGUGGUGUGAUUUCUGUGACAAGUGGAAUUUAUGAGAAUCAACCGAAACUCAUUACUGAAGAUGGAAAUCUCUGCAUUUCAUCGGCUAAGGAUAAGAAUAUCAGCCUGGAGAUCAAGGGCAGAGGGAGAUUUCUCGUGAAUAAUGUCGAUGUUCUACAGUUAAUCCAUCGGAAUGAUUCCAUCGACGGAACGAGCCCAAUUGAUCAAAUCUCAAUGAAUCGACUCAGGAAUCGUGUUAAUGUUUUGUACAACGAUGUCAGGGGAACAAGGAGAGGUAUCCUUCGACGACUUUCGCGCCUCGAAAAUGGUACAAGAUCAGGGGUAGCUCCUGGUCAGCCACGACUUCGUGAUCUGCGGCAGAGGGUACUAAGGCUCGAGACAACAAUGGAAACAUUAAUGACAAAACUCACAGAGGACAACUGUCGAAGCAAUCCGUGUAACAACGGUGGCACCUGCGUGGAUAUUUUUGAUGGGUUCAUUUGCCACUGUCCGGCAAACUAUCAAGGAGCAACCUGUGUGUACGAUGUCAAUGAAUGCGAACGUUUUGAGGGGACAGAUUUGGGCUGUCAGAAUGGGGCUACGUGCAUGAAUUCCUACGGGAGUUACUUCUGCCACUGCCCCCCUGGCUUUCAUGGGGUUCACUGCACGAAGAGAGACACGAACUGCACAACAGCAACGUCUGGGGAGCUGUGUGGGCAUGGGGUGUGUGUGCACACGGAUGAUCCAACGGGCUAUAGAUGCCUCUGUGAUCAGGGAUGGCAGACAGAUGGGGCACAUCCAAUGUGCAACAGGGAUGUCGAUGAGUGUCAGAGUAAAAUACCUCAUUGCUCCCAUGAUCCACCAGUUGUUUGCAUCAAUACUGCUGGAUCGUAUACAUGUGGCGCCUGUCCAGCUGGGUAUUCGGGGAAUGGCUACUCCUGUGCUGAUGUUGAUGAGUGUCAAUUCAAUAAUGGUGGAUGUAGUGUAAAUCCUCAUGUUCCCUGCAUUAAUACCAGGGGAUCUUACACCUGUGGCAGCUGUCCUUUAGGGUUCAUUGGGGACGGGAAGACUUGUACGCAAUCCACAACAGGUGGACGCUGCGCAACAUCCCCCAAUGUUUGUCAUCCUGAUGCAACAUGUCAGGAUGUUGGGCAGACAAUUAUUUGUAGGUGCAAAGCAGGAUACUCAGGAGAUGGCUUUGGGCCUUUUGGAUGUCGCCCAUCGACGAAUACGUGCGAUCCAAACCCAUGUCUCAAUGGUGGUACCUGUGUGUUUAAUGGCACAGCAGCCAAGUGUACGUGUCCUCCGGGGAAACUCGAGCCUCUGUGUAGUGAUCCACCACGAAAUUCCUGUGAUCUCCAUCCCUGUCUCAAUGGGGGCACGUGCAUCAGUACGCCUGGGGAAAUGGGUUUCACAUGCAACUGCACGCGAUCCUUCACAGGAUUGCUGUGUCAGACGGAACGACGUGCCUGUGGGGGUACUUUGACAGCAGAAAGGGGUACACUGAAGUACCCUGAAGAUGGGAGUAUAACGUACAAUCACAACUCCCGCUGUGCCUGGUUGAUUCGCGUCAAUUCAACAAAAGUCCUCAAUGUAACUUUCACGAAAUUCAAACUUGAAGAUUCCGUUGAAUGCCGUUACGAUUGGCUACAGAUUCACGAUGGACGAUCCUCGGCGUACCACAUGAUUGGACGCUACUGUGGCACAGACAUCCGUCCUGGGCAUACGAUCAUUUCCACGCAGAAUUAUCUCUAUUUCUGGUUCCGUAGCGACAGCAGCACCUCCAAUGAUGGCUUCGAGCUCACCUGGGAGAGUAUUGAUCCCCGAUGUGGAGGACUCAUUGCAGCCUCGUCAUACGGGACGAUCACAUCACCCGGAUCACCGGGAAAUUAUCCCCCAAAUCGCGACUGCCAGUGGGUAAUUCAGGCUCCAGCUGGGAAACGCAUUCAAUUGCAUUUCUUCGUGAUGAAGAUUGAGUACCACGAGACGUGCAAGUUUGACUACCUGGCUAUCUAUGGUGGUCCAACGGUUGAUUCGCCACUCCUUGAGAAGUUUUGCAACACAACCCAUCCCCCACCGCUCCUAACACCCACAAAUGAAGCCACCCUCUUCUUCCAUUCCGACGAAGAUUCCACAGAUGCUGGCUUUCAAAUUCACUACUCCGUCGUUGAGGGCUACCCCGGCUGCGGGGGUACCUUCACGGCGUAUUCUGGGGAAUUUGGGUCCCCCAUUGAAGAUGAGAGCUACCCGAAUAAUUUAGUUUGCGAAUAUGUCGUCAAGUACCCCAAAGGGAGUAAGAUUCGCAUUACAUUCAAGAGUUUCCACCUGGAGGACAGUGAGGGGUGUCGUUUCGAUAAACUCGAACUCUUUGAGAUUGGAAGUGAUGGAACUCGUGAACUUGUGCGCUCAUACUGUGGCAGUGAAGUGCCCAAACCCUACAAAUCCACAGGGAAUGAAAUGAUGCUGAUCUUCACCAGUGAUUGGUCACAUGCAUACGGAGGCUUCCGCAUUGGCUAUCAAAUUGAAUGCGGGGGAACGUUUGAAGAUGAAAGUGGGAUUAUCACGUCGCCAAUGUACCCAGAACCGUAUCAUGAUUCACGGACAUGCGAAUACAUUAUUCAGGCGCCCCUUAAGAAGGUUAUUUCGCUGAAAUUUGAUGAUUUCGAUCUGGAGGAGAAUUCCUAUCCUGACUGCUAUUAUGAUUCUCUGGAGAUUUACGAUGGUGUCCCUCAAACGAAUGCAACCAAAAUUGGGCGCUACUGUUGGAGUAUUUCACCACCAAAUUUAAUAUCCACCUACAACGUCCUGUACAUGAUCCUAGAAACGGACAGUUCCAUCGGUGGUCGAGGGUUCAAGGCAAAUUAUUCAUUUAUCGAUGUUAAAUGCGGUGGAAUUGUUACUACAUCCGGUACUGUGGUCACAUCUCCGGAAUCUGAUGAAAUUACUGAUUCAUCCACAACCACUUACGCCCAUUCCACAACUUGCCAUUGGUUGAUCACAGCUCCUGGUGAUCACAAUGUUCAGCUGACGUGGAUUAAUUUUAAAAUUGAGCAUGAAUCCACGUGUGAUUAUGAUUACGUUGAGAUCUUUGACAAUAGCACGGAUCCUGGGAGAUCUGUUGGGCGGUACUGUGGCACAAGGACACCACCUAUCAUUACGAGUUUGGGGCACUCGAUGACCGUGAAGUUUGUGUCGGAUGAUUCCGUGAGUGAGGGUAGUUUCAGCUUCAUGGUGACCUUCUUGCAUGCCUCCAAUACCUGCGGUGGGAGAUUCUUCUCCAGUUUCGGCUACAUCCGAUCACCCGGAUGGCCGGAUAUGUAUCAGGACAAUAAGGAGUGCGAAUGGAUUAUUUCCGUUGAAAAUGGCGCACAAAUUGAGCUGAAAGUGAAGUCUUUUGAACUUGAGGAGCAUGGAGAUUGUGAAUUUGAUUUCUUGGAAGUGCGCAAUGGUGGGAAGUCGGAUUCUCCAUUAAUUGGAAAGUAUUGUGGGACGAAGAUUCCGGGAGUUAUAAGAUCCUUUGCAAAUCAGCUGUAUGUGAAGUUUGUGAGUGAUUCCAGUCGGAUGGAACGGGGUUUUGAGAUUGAAUGGGAUGGCACGUCAAUGGGAUGCGGUGGGACACUCACAUCACCAAGAGGAUCAAUUAUUUCACCAAACUACCCAAUGCCCUAUGCUGAGAAUGCUCAGUGCGUGUGGAAAAUUGUCGUUAGUCAGGGAUCUACCGUUCAAAUAAUCUUCAGUGAUCUGGAUUUGGAGAAGAGCGCCGACUGUUCGUAUGACUACCUCGAAGUUUUCGAUGGGAAGGAUGCUGGGAGUACGUCCUUGGGGAAAUUUUGCUCAGCUGAAGAUCAUCCGUUGUAUUUGGAGACAACCGGGAGUUUCGCAAUGAUCCGCAUGAGGACAGACUACUCGGGACAAGGACGUGGCUUUAGUCUGCGCUACGAUACAAUUUGCAAGAGAGAAGUUUCCAGCUUGGGCGGUGUUAUCGAAUCCCCCAACUUCCCGCAAAACUACCCUCAUUCACUCAACUGCGAAUGGACCAUCAGAGCACCCCUUGGGAAUAAGGUCUACAUUGAAUUUUUGCACUUUGAAGUGGAGAAUGGGGAUGCAACUGAUGGGGAAAAUCAUGUCUGCAACUUUGACUACGUUACAAUUGAGGAGAAAAUUGAUCAAGUUACAAAUAAGAAGAAAUUCUGCAAUCACGCCCCAGCACCAUACACGUCGCAAGGAGAAGUAGUAGUUGUGGGAUUCACAACGGACAUCAGUGUCAGUCACACGGGAUUCCGCCUUGAGUACCACGUUGAGGGAUGCGGAGGUGUCCUUACGCGACCAACAGGAACAAUCAGUUCUCCAAACUAUCCGGGCAUCUAUCCGCAUCACGUGCAUUGCUACUGGACCAUCAAGGCACCUUAUGGGAAUGCAAUUGAGCUAACAAUAACUGAAUUUGAAUUGGAAGUCAAUGAGGAUUGCGUCUAUGAUGGCUUGAAGAUUGCAAAUGGACCAAGUAUGACAAAUAUAAUAACUACUCUGUGCCAUGUUCAAACGAAGACAUUAAAGUACACCUCAAGUGGGGCUGAUAUGUACUUAUUCUUCUACACGGAUGUCUCAUUAUCCGGGAAAGGUUUCAAUUCGUCGUAUAGAUUUAUUCCGGCAAAAUGUGGUGGAACAUUCUCAGUAGAAGGCAACAUUUACUCCCCCAACUACCCCAAGAACUACGAUGGGAAUACAAACUGUGAAUGGCUCCUGCAGACGGACUUGACGCAUCGACUGCAGAUAUCAUUUUUGGAUUUUGAUUUGGAAACAAGCAGUGAAUGUAUUCAUGAUUCUGUGAGGAUUUACGAAGGGAACACAGCGAAUGAGACUAAAUUAAUACGAAAUCUCUGUGAUUCGCAACUUCCUAAUCCAGCUGUGCUGACGUUGUCCACCAAUGAAGCCCUUGUGGUGUUCCGCACGGAUAGUUCCAUUGAAGCUAAGGGUUUCCACAUGAACUUCACAUCAGCCUGUGGAUCACGUAUUGUGACCAAUAGCAGUGGGCAACUGACAAAGGUUACAUCUGUCUACGAACGCUCCUCACAGUGCACAUGGACUAUAAUUUCAGAGGAUCCGAGUAAGAAGAUUGCUCUAACUGUGACGCAGUUGAAUGUCCUGAAAUUCGAUAGUAUGAACUCCAAUCAAUCGGUCCUGAUUGUCUUUGAUGGAGAUUCCGAAAAUGCAACUGAAGUUGGAACGUACACUGAAGCACCACCGACAAUCUACAGCUCAGGGAACUCCAUAACGAUGAAAACAUACUCCAAUUCCGACUACGACAUUAUCGUUGCGUACCUUAUGGCACAAUAUUCGGUCUUUGAGAAUAGUUGCGGAGGAACUCUAAAAUCCGUUAAAGGUGAUUUUGCUUCUCCGUCCUACCCAAAUUCCUAUCCUGCAAAUGUGGAGUGUAUUUGGUCAAUUGAGGCAUCACCUGGAAAUAAAAUUCAAGUGGAAUUUUCGGAAUUUGCCCUGGCAGAUUCACCAACAUGCAGUGAAGAGUACGUAGAAAUUAGGGAAACAAAUGGCGGUGGUAAAGUCCUUGGGGUCUUCUGUGGGAACAAUCAACCAACGAAUUUAACAACAGCCGAAGUGAUUUGGAUUAAAUUCCGAAGUGGACCAGAUGUAAUGAAUGUAGAGCGAAAGUUCUAUGCUUCCUUCUCCUAUGUGGACGAAGUAGAAAUUGUAGAUGCGGAACGAGGUGUUGUGACGUCACCGAUGUAUCCGCUGUACGUUCAUAGUCCAAUUUUGAAUGGUUGGAGGAUAUCUGUGGAGUAUGGUUAUGUGAUUAGUUUGUCCGUGAAGGAUGUUCGUAUUUCGGGAGAUUGCUACUACUAUGUCCAAAUAUAUGAUGGCUUCAAUGAAGAAGGACCUACUCUUGGGGAAAAAUUAUGUGGUGAUAUAGACUCAGAAUCUAUGACGAGUACAUCGAAUGUUGUGUACAUUGAUACAAAUAUACCUUAUCCAACAAUGAUGGGGGUAAGAUUCAAGAUUGAAUGGCAAAAGGUACCAAAGGUAGCUACGAGUAAUCCAAAUGAACUCGCAACUACGUGCGGUUUGACAAAUAUUGUCCUAUCGAAGAAUUCAACGAAUGUCAACCUAACCUCACCUGGCUAUCCCGAAGGUUACGAUUCAAAUCUCAAUUGUACGUGGAUUGUGUCCUCCGAUGAUAGGGCAUACCAUCCUGUCUUUGUAAUUAGUUAUCUAGAUCUCGAAGAUACGGCAGAUUGCGUGUCUGAUCGUUUAAUAAUUUCCGAGAGCAAGGAUAUGAUUGUUUGGAAGAAGUUAGCACAGAUCUGCAAUAUUGACUACCGUAGUCAUCAAUCCUACAAUGGGAAUCCUUUCCUUAAAAUUGAAUUCCUCACUGACUGGGGGAUGAAUCGUACGGGAUUCCGCGGGAGUCUCACCGAGGACUGCGGUGGCUACAUGACAGGACCAACAGGAAAGAUUUCUGGUGGAGUUCAAACAAUCCCUGAGCGGUUUGCUCGAUUCACCACAUCAUGCGUCUGGGAGAUUCAUGUACGUCAGGGGAGAACGAUUAAAUUUGAAUUCCAAGACUUCACUUUCCCCCGAUCCCGAGAACCGACAGCAUGUGAAGGGUAUAUCCUGUUCAAGAAUGGCGGAAGUGAGGAUUCUCCGCUCCUUGGAGAAGGGAAGUACUGCGGCGAUGGGGAGAAGCCAACGAUUCCUACGACAAUAAGUAACAGAGCUUACGUUAAAUUUGAAUACGGAGGCAAUUUCCGUAGUCACUUCUCCAUGACCUAUGAGGAAGUUAGCCUAUCCUGCGGUGGGACCUUGCAUCUAACUGAAGACGUUAACAGCACAGUUAUUACCUCUCCGAAUUACCCAAAUAUACCCCAUCCGCAUACAGAGUGUGUGUGGAUAAUCUUUGCUCCAAACGGUGAAACGAUAAAGAUAAACUUUGAGGAGAGAUUUGAUCUGACAAGGAGUCCUGGUUGCGACAAGGAAUACGUGGAAAUACGAAGUGGAGGAACAAGGAAUAGUGGACUUAUUGGAACUUUCUGUGAUCAAAUGCCCCCAACUCUCGAGAGCCAAUCGAAUAUACUGAGAGUGAAGUACUUUACGGAUGUUUCAGAUCCGAAGAACGGUUUCAAAGCUCGCGUAUCAAUUGCUACGUGUAGUGGUACGCUGAGACAGAACCAGGGUGUUCUGACGUCACCUAAAUACCCCGGAAAAGGUGCCUAUCCGGCUAAGAGUGUCUGUACCUAUAGGGUUAUUGGUUCUCCUUUGACGCAUCUCAAUAUAUCCUUUACGGAUCUGGAUCUUCCACCAGCUGCUGACAAUGAUACCUGCUUACUCGAUCGCGUUACGGUGUAUGCUGUUAUUCAGGGUGAAACUGAUUCUAGCAAUAAGCAACCUCGUGGUACAUUCUGUGGAUCAAAGAUCCCAGAUUCCUUCUUCAUCGAUAGCCAUGAAGCGAUCAUUGAAUUCACGACGAGUGAACAUCAGGAGCUGUAUCGAGGUUUCAGUCUGCACUUCAAUGUCGGCAAGGAGACUUGUGGUGAGGCGAUCAAUGCAGAAUCGGGAAUUAUAACGAGUCCUGGAUAUCCGAAUGGACGGCAGAAUCGACGCUUCUGUGAAUGGGCCAUCACCGUGCCGAAAGGAAGGAGAGUUAAGGCUGAACUUCUUGAUCUAGAUCUCAUUCCUGCUAGUCAUACUUAUAGUCAACGACUUGGAUUCUACCAUGAUCAUCGCUACCUCAGUCGAAUACGUUUCAUUAAGGGUGAAGAUCCCAUUCAAACGGUUUAUUCGAGUGACAAUAAGAUGCUCAUUAAUAUGUGGGUGAGAGUUCCGAGCAAUCAUCGUGGAUUUAAGUUGCAGUUUUCAUCAAAUGAACCAACUGUGUGCCUUGGUAAUCUCAAUAACGUCGAAGGAACAAUCGAUCCACCGCAAAAUCUAACAACAUUCUACUGCGAAUAUACGCGAGAUGUUGGAGCCUUUUACCCCGAGGAGCUUGGGACGGGAACAUUGGCAAUAAGAGUUAAGGAUGCCUACAUUGGCAGAGCACCAAAUUGUCGUUUAGCUUCAACAAGGAUUGCUGUCUUCUGGCUUGGUGGAGCAGAUCUCGAUUCGCAGUAUUUGCAGUAUAUCUGUAGGAAUGUUUCCGAUAUAACUGUACGAUCACCCUUCCCUGAUACAAAGCUCGAGGUUCGUCAGGGUUUGUACUACGGACCAAUGUCCUUUAAACUCAAUCAUAGGAUCCACAAGUGCGGAGGCAUUAUCCGCAGGGCUUCAGUUCUGACGCAGCCUACAUUCGCUGUGAAUUACGGAAUAGUGGACUGUGCCUGGCAGAUUCGUCAGGAUGAUGGAUUUGCGAUUAAUCUGCAAGUUCAGCAGGUUAAUCUAACGCGUCCUUGUGAUGAGGAGUACAUAAACAUCUACAACGGACCAACACAGCUCAGUCCUCAUUUGAUGAAGAUCUGCAGCGGUACGACGGAGUUGAACUCGGUCAUGUCUCAGAAUAAUUUCCUCUUCAUGGAAUAUCAUUCACAUGAAUACUCCCAAUCAUCAGUAUUCAAGAUUCACGUCGUUCCCGCUGUGUCAGGAUGUGGAGGAAUCAUACACAAGUACACGGAAACAAUUAAGAGUCCUGGAAAUGCGUCAUACUACCCCAACAAUAUUGAGUGUGUCUGGGAAUUCCGUCCUGAUCCUGGUUUCCACGUUGGCCUGGAAUUUGUGGAUCGAUUCUACAUUGAAGACUCCGUGAACUGCACAAAGGACUACAUAGAAAUCCUAGAUCUUCGCAAUGGAGAAUGGCAUAGUCUGGGACGGGUGUGUGGAAGGGAAACUCCCCCAAUAUUCAAUGCAACUGAGUCCAGCCUUAAAUUGGUCUUCCGGACAGAUGGAUCGGUAUCAGGAGAUGGUUUCUCCGUGAAAUGGUAUCAAAACUGCGGAGGUCUCUACGAGGUGCGAGAGACAACCCCAGAAAUUAUCUACAGUCCCAACUACCCGCAGAACUAUGCCAGGCUCCUCAAUUGCAACUACACCUUCGUCGCACCACCCGAUGAGUACAUAAUAAUUGAUUUUAAGGAUUUUGAACUGGAAGAAUCCGUUGGAAGGUGCAUUUUUGACAACGUCACCAUCUACAAGGCAAAUGAGUGGAGCGUCACUGAACCCCCAGUGGAAGCUGGUGUCUACUGCCGCAGGGAUUCCCCGGGCGUGGGAAGAUUUAAGAAUUUCGUUUCCGUUGUUUUCCGCACCGACAAAUGGGUGGAGAGAAAGGGUUUUCAAUUUACCUACAAAUUGGACUCAUGCGGUGGAACCAUAACGAAUUCCACAUUAAUUACUUCACCAGACUUUGACACAAUGAACUACCCCAAUGAUGCCAAUUGCGUGUGGAACAUCACAGCUCCCGUUUCAAAGAGUAUUCUCGUUAAAUUUGAGAAGUUUGACAUUGAGGGAAUGGACACGUGUUACGGGGACUUUGUAAGUGUGUUCCAGGGAUCAGAGAUAAAGGAUGAAGCUAGACUUGCUAAACUAUGUGGAAAUAUUACAAAUCCCCCGGCAGUUAAAACGGACUUCUCAUCGGCGAUUGUUCAUUUCAAAUCUGAUUUGUACAACAAUAAGGGUGGAUUUUCAGCUGCAAUUCUUUUUAUGCCUGCCUGCGAUCGUCGUGUGACCCUAACUCCAUCAGCACUGACCUACCACCUGGAUAUACGAGAUUCCAAUUAUGAGGAACUGCAGGAUUGUCAUUACUACAUUACUGCUCCAUCGGACUACACUCUUCGUCUGCAUUUCACCCAAUUCCACGUUGCUCCGUGUGACAACAAUUCCACCAAAGUUGACUGUUCUUGCGACUAUGUUGAGGUACGUGAUGGUGGUGGACCCCUCUCGGAGCUUGUGGGGAAAUUCUGUGGGCAUGACUUACCUCAAGAUGUUACAACGUCCAAAUCGGCAAUUUUUGUGCGUUUUGUCACGGAUUCACGCACCAAAAGUACAGGCUUCAGUGCAGAACUCACAGCAGUACUCAAUCCAUGUGGCGAGAGGCAUUUAAAUGUUUCCCAAGGACCUCAAACUAUUGAAUCACCCGGACGCACGAAAUAUCCGGCAAAUAUAAAAUGUUCAUGGAUUGUGGAGAAUGAUCUGUACAGGAAUAUGGAGUUAAUUUUUGAAAAAUUCGACCUUCAGGGGGCUGAUGGCGAAGGGAGAUGUUCGUAUGAUCAACUUGAGAUUGCCGAUGAAUCCCUUUUGGAUCGUUUGGAUGUUGCUUUCGGGGAGGAUUUAGUCUUCAAUGGGGUGACUGAGCAAAAGGUUGGCUUCUACCAGGGCACACGGAAUCCAGUUGCUCACCAUCACUACUGUGGCAAUUCAACGCCAGCAGACUACAUAUCACGAACGCACAGAGUUCAUCUGACUUUGCGUACAGAUUCUGAGAUUGAAAGGGGAGGAUUUAGGAUUGUAGCAAAGUCCCUAACUGGAUGCAGCAGGAAUUACACAGAAACUCAAGGGAGGAUCUUUAUGAGUGAAACCACCGAUUGCGAAGUUUACAUCAAUGUCCCGGAAAAUUAUACAAUUGCAGUUUAUUUUUCGAGCUUUUCUUUCUACAACACUGAUUGCACUAAAAAUGGUUUAAAGUUCUACGAGGCUGACACAAAUCACCUCCUUGCCACCUACUGUGGCUACAUUACUCCUGAUCCCAUUUUCUCUGUCAGCAACCACCUCAGGAUUUCCGUGAAGGGUAACGUGAAGAGUUCUGCAUACGUCUACGGGGGAAGCUUCGAUUUGACUUUCCUGGCCACGGAUCAAGGUCGUGGCUGUGGGGGUUUCCUCUAUAACUACGGUGGAUCAUUUUCGAGCCCACUCUACCCACUGAAUGACAGGAAUAACAGCCAAUGCACGUGGGACGUUAAUGUUCCGAGUAAUCUGAAAGUUGCUCUGCGUUUUCAUGUUUUCGAUAUGGGCACAAAGCUCACCUGUCCCAGCAAUUACGUUGAAUUCCAGGAGGUGGAGGCCGAUGGGAAGACUCGUGUUGAGCGUACUUACUGCGGUGAUGACAUUCCUGCUGUGUACAAGAGUGAAAAGAGUCGAAUUCUCGUGCAUUUCGUGAAGGAUGUGAAUUUUGCCGGAUCCGGGUGGGUUUUGCAAUUUAUGGGUGUUCAUGAGAAUUCUGAAGUCUACAAUUGGUAGGGAGGGCGAGCUUCAUAUAAGAAUUAUCGCCUAGAGAGGAUGAAUCGGCAGGAGUGGGUGUGUGGUUUUAGUUACACGCAUAUUACGAAGAUUGUUUAACUUUGUUUAGUACACUAAAGAGCAAACUUAUUGAAGGUAAAUCUUCUCCUUUUAUCCUCUGAAAAGCAAUAUUUACAUACAAAACAAAUAUUAUAACUAAAGAUAAAUAAUCCUCAACCAUUUUAUCCUUGAAUUAUCCUUGAAUUUAUAUCAAAAAAUA